CAUCAGUGUUGUUGGUAACAAAAAUCUGAGGUAGCCCAAUGAGACUUGAAAACGAUCUGCAAAAGCAAGUUGAUUAACAAACUAGGAAACCAACAAGCUAAUUAUAUAUGAAGACCAGAACAAGCGAUGACUAGCCAGAAUCGUGGAGAGAGGAGUGUAGCCAACAGUGACAUGAGCAGAAGUCUGGAUCACACAACUUGCUGAGGUUUUGGUGCUCCCACAGCAGUGUGUGACCAGACCAGGCUCAGAGUAUCAAAGGUCAAAGGUGAACAGAUCAGCCAGCGGUGGGGGUCGAAAUUGAACAGGACAGUCUCCCCAUGUCGGGCCGUAACGGCUCUGCCAGUGAUGCGGAGUGCCGUAUAUCUGAGGAGAGCCGCAACCUCGAAGAUGUGGAGCUGACAGAGUUGGGACCCCUGCUGGAGGGGGCAGCGUGUCCAGGAGGGGCAAUCGGGGUCACAUCUGGGAGGGUCCCCGGGCCACUGGGGACCUCAGCUGUCCCUGGCAGUGAGGAGGAGGAGGAAGAGGAGGAAGAAGGGGGCUUGCGGGUGAUAACCUUGCCCCUGCAGGCCCACCAUGCCAUGGAGAAGAUGGAGGAGUUUGUGCACAAGGUGUGGGAGGGUCGCUGGAGGGUGAUCCCGUACCAUGUCUUACCGGAGUGGCUUAAGGACAAUGACUACCUGCUCCACGGCCACAGGCCACCCAUGCCCUCCUUCCGGGCCUGCUUCGGGAGUAUCUUCCGAAUUCACACAGAGACGGGGAACAUCUGGACGCAUCUGUUGGGGCUGAUUCUGUUCCUUUUCCUGGGCACGCUGACGAUGCUGCGGCCCAAUGUUUACUUCAUGGCCCCUCUGCAGGAGAAGGUGGUGUUUGGGAUGUUCUUCCUGGGCGCCGUGCUGUGUCUCAGCUUCUCCUGGCUCUUCCACACCGUGUACUGUCACUCCGAGAAAGUGUCCCGCACCUUCUCCAAGUUGGACUACUCGGGUAUCGCCCUGCUGAUCAUGGGCUCCUUUGUGCCCUGGCUCUACUACUCCUUCUAUUGCUCCCCACAGCCGCGUCUCAUCUACCUCUCGGUGGUGUGUGUGCUGGGCAUCGCUGCCAUCAUCGUGGCUCAGUGGGACCGCUUCUCCACACCCCGCCAUAGGCCUACCCGCGCAGGUACAGUCCACUGCGCCUCAAACCCCCCCCCCCCCCCAACUUCAGUGGUGAAACGUUCAGGACUGCAUUGUUUGACUCACACCUUCGCCUCAUGGCUCCUCUCCACAGGGGUGUUCAUGGGCCUUGGACUCAGCGGCAUUGUUCCCACAAUGCAUUUCACCAUAGCCGAGGGCUUCGUCAAGGCCACCACUGUGGGCCAGAUGGGUUGGUUUUACCUGAUGGGGGCCAUGUACAUCACCGGUGCGGGGCUUUAUGCUGCCAGGAUUCCAGAGCGCUACUUCCCCGGCAAGUGUGACAUCUGGUUCCAAUCUCACCAGAUUUUCCACGUCCUGGUGGUGGCAGCGGCCUUCAUCCACUUCUACGGCAUAUCGAACCUGCAGGAGUUCCGCUACGGGCUGGAAGGGGGCUGCACCGACGACUCCCUGCUAUGAGAGCGCGCCCACCCCCCACCCCCCUGCCCUUCCACCUCCACUCCCCCACGCACCACCUCAAGGACAGCCCCCUGGCACCCGACUCCUUCCCAAGUGCCGCCAAGAACUUGGAGCGUGCCAUCGGCAUGGCUAACCCCCCCCCCGGUCCCUGUGCCUCACGGCCUGUGGUGCUUGCUCCCAGGGUGGUGUGCAACUCGUACACCCCCCACCACACCCCACACCCCACACACUGGCCAUGUUCUAGUCUCAUCACUCUUAAGUGUGAGUGAGAUGGGAUGGGGAAGGGUCACUGUGCUGCCUCUUCAUUCCUAGGCACAUUUCAAGACAACCAUCCUGGUUUUAGUCCGUAAAACAGGUCUCUCUGUCUCUCACAUGGCUGGGGAAGACCUGUGAUUGGAGGACGUUGUCAAAGGGGCGGGAUUAAGAGGGCACAUGACAAAUCAUGGUCUGGGAGGUAGGGGAAGGUGGUCAGCUGAGUGGCUUUCGGUCUCAAACACACUGUUUUUUGAGCUCAGGAGUCAUUUGCCAGUGCAGGUAUUGCAUCCCUGGCCUACCCAUCAGCUCCUCCUGCUCUGCCUUCCCUCAGAGUCAGAAGGAAAAAGCAGUUCAGUCAGGGCCAGUGGGUGAUCUCAAUCUCACUGAUGAGCACAACCCACAGUAUGCCAAUCAUUUCCCUCAAAAUUAGACUACGCCCCUUCACGUUCCGGCACAAACGUGAGGUACAGGUAUAUGCUCAUCAGUUGUGUCCUACUGCAGAAAUGGCAGUAAGAAACGGAUUGUAACUGGCGACGCCUCAAGGUGUGUGACCGCAUUAUCCACAGCAGCAGAGCAAACGCUAUAAAAGGCUGCUUUAGGGGCUGGUGACCUCUAAAAUCCCGGUCUGGCUCACUAAAGGAGAGGGAUGAAGGUAUAAUGGUUACCUGCAGUUAAAAAAACUGUUUAUUGGGAAGUCUGAGGUGAAAAGGCAGUGAUUGCAUCAAAGCCCAUUGCUGGGGGUGAGCCAGGUAGUUCUGCCUAACUGAGGUGGUCACUGUUGAAUGGGGAAGAGUUAAAUUAUUACAUAACUCUACAAAGCUAUAGAAAUGUAUUACUACUAGGGUUGGGGUCUUUAUGCUGCUGUAAUUCCUGUAGAACAAGUUGGAUGGAUUUGACUGGAUGAUAGAGGGUGGGAGUUGGUUGGUCCAGCAGGUGCUUGGUGAUUCUUGGGUGGCUUAGUAUAGAGAACAGGGGCAUUCUCCAAACCCCCACCACCCCCCUGACUUCAGUCAUUCCUCAUAAUCAGAAGUUUUUAUUAAUUUAUAAUUACUUCAAAAUUCAUAUUUUUCAGAAUGGGGUCUGAAACAGAGGGAUGAGAUGAUAGCCAUAUUGCCACUUUAAAAUGGGAAGCAAAGCCACAUGGGGGUAAAAAAAAAAAAAAACACACAUGAAGUUGACCUCAAGCAAGGCCAUUUAAGGCAUCUGUGUAAUAAGCUCUCAUCCCUCUGUGACAUCCCUGAUUGAUUGAUUGAUUGUUGUCUGAGUUAUAAUUUCAGCUUUGUCAUUAUGAGCUCCUGGAAAAGGGGGCCUUUUGGGAAGGAUUGUGGAGUGAAAUGAUGCUGCGAUAGGUGAAAGUGCACAAGGCCUGAGCACUGGGUCCCAUACUGCAGCAGGCAGCAUCAUCCCACCCCCUCCGUCUCUUCCCCUCUUUGGUAGUCGUCAGGAUGAAACAAGCUGAUAGACUCAAAGUGAGUUUGCAAAGGUGUAGCCUUGACUUGUUGGGAAGAGCAGCCUCGUCACUAAGAUCUUUUGUGUGUGUGUGUGUGCGACACGACAAAGCACAGAGAACUUGUAGCACAUCAGAGCAGGGGCCCAAUGUAGAUUCACUCACAGGAAGAUUAUAUUGAUGUCACCGAACUGUGAGGUUUAUAAAGGGGGGGGGGGGGGUGAUUCCACCAUGUCUGCGGCCAAUUUUUAAACGACAAGGCUCAGUGAUAGUGAAGUCAAAACAUGCGAAAAUGCAGGAAAUAUUGUUGAUAUUAGUACCAUACAUAAUAAUAGUUUAGAUUUAUGCAUAGAAAGCGCCCUAAUGAAAUAUCAAAAUCAAAAAUAUAAGACGCGUGUCUUGUUCGACUUUGAAGCUGCUGUAUUGGUGUAAGGGUCACGCUCAUCUAAAUGGAUGUAUUCUUGGAUCUUUUAAAGUUCCCUUUUUAAGACUUUCUCAAGCAUAUACAAUCUGAACUUUGCUGAAUAGUAAUGUCUGGUGGGCAACAUAAUUGUAUUGUGUUGUGCAAAACACUGCUCUUCGCCUGAUCUGUGUCCAUAGUGAAGUAAAUUGUGACUUAGUAUCAUUAACUUUGACGAAGCAAUGAACAACACAGCUAAUGUCUGACAAUGUUUAAUAUCAUGUAGAAUCAAUUAAAUUCCAAUAUUUUCCUGUAGUAUUCCUGUGCCUUAAGCUAAUGGAAAUAGAAAAUAAAAUGGGAGCAACUUUGUUAAUGGCCUGGUUCAGUAUUAAACACCAAGAUGCAGGGCAAAAUCUGUUCAAGAAUGUAUGAAACUAGGUCAGCUUAAGUUGGAUUUUUAGAGGUGUUUUUUUCUGUUGAUGUUAUUUUUUAUCUUUCAUUCUUUUCUCUUGAUUUACAAAGCAAGAAAAGAUCAAUGACACACAUCAAUUAGCUUUUUCAGCUGCUGUACAUAUAAAACAGGUAUUUUUCUUUCCCUUUGAAAUCUGCUUUAGGUUGGGUGCUAACAUAGACUAAAUGGUUUCUGUGCAUUCAUGACCUGGUGUUGUGUCCUUUUCUGUAGAUCAAUGAUCAUCCAUUUCCUGAGAUGCCCUGU